CGCGUCCGGAGACUAGCAGCUCCGCGACAAACAAGAAGCCGCUUCGGAUGAAAACAAGCUCCAAAUCGAUCUUCCGAGGACCGCCGACAAGCCUUAUGCGACGCAUGGCAUGGCGGAGAGACAGGAAAAUGAGGUGGAGGAGGCCAAGCACAUCUACCUGCUGAUGAAGGAGGAGUACCGCAUCUCCAGGAACGUGCGUCUGGCCUGGUUUCUGGGCAAACUCAACCAAGUCAUCUGGCCCGCGUCCGAGCGGGAGCUGCUCCACUCCGGCAACGAGUUGGACUUGCUGAGCGUUUUACCCAAAAGAUGGCAGCAGGACGCCAACGCCGCCCCGCCGUCCAUGUUGAUGCCGUCCACCCGCGCCACCUUCUUGGCACGCAGGUAUCGCUUCAUCAUCGAGCUGGACCUCAGCCCCUCCACAGGAAUUGUGGACGACAGCACGGGCGAGCUGAUUUUCGACGAGGUUUUCCACGCCUUGUCCAGAUGUCUGGCGGGGCUCGCUCAACCCUUCAAGGUCCCCGGAACCGAGCAGCUCUUCACGCCAAAGAUCUUCAUCACCGUCCUCGUCUACUCCUCCAUUUUCGGACUCGCGUCCCAUCAGGUCCUGGUGCAGGGAUGUCAGCUGGAGCGAACGGACCUGGGCCAGUUCCUGCAUCACAUCUACCAGCAGCUCAAAGCGGUGGAGAGCAACAUCGCCGACGUGCUGAAUCAGCAGCAUGAAAGUGUAAAUCAACAUCCUGGGGACGGGAGAAGCUCUGCUGAGUGCGGUCUCCCUGGCAACGGCGCGGACGAGCAGCCUCCCAGGAGGCCGAGCGUCUCCAUAGUGUCGGCGGACAUGGGCCUGGUCAGCAUGGUGCGCCAGGGCAUCCUGGCUCUGCAGCUGCUGCCCCCCAACUCCAGCGCCGGCAUCAUCAUCAUCACAGACGGCGUGAUGAGCGUCCCGGAUGUUGUGGUGUGUGAAACGCUGCUCAACCAGCUGAGGAGCGGAACCAUCGCUUGCUCCUUUGUGCAGGUUGGCGGGCCGUACUCGUACGACUGCAGCUUCGGCUACAUCCCCAACGUAGAGCUGAUGAAGUUCAUCUCCGUGGCCACGUUCGGGUCCUACCUGGCCAGCUGUCCUCAGGCGGACCCUCGCAGUCAGGACAUGAACCCCUACCACAAGGCUUUCCUCACGUACUCCUUCCUCAAGACCCCCGACGCCGUCAACUCGGACAUCUUAAGCGUGUCUCAGCACAAGCUGUUCAACGAGCACCUGGUGUCGGCCAGCGGUAAUCCGGCGCUGGUGAUGCGCAGGAAGAAGCACACGGAGAAGGAGGUGCACGCUCACUUGAUCAGCGUGGUGUCCGUGAGGCUCAGGGAGGGUUACACCAUCCGAGAGAUCGGCCUCACCAAAGGCGGCAGCCAGCUGGAGGUGAAGCUGGUGUUGCUGUGGAAGCACAACAUGCACAUCGAGUACGUGGCGUCCGCCUGCUGGCCGCUGGACCCCGGCAAGCGCGCCACCCGGGUGGAGGUGACCAUGGAGGGCAGCUACGACAUCCUGCACGACAUCAGCUGCACGCAGAGGAAGCCCAUCACCAGCCCCUACCGCACCUCCGUCAUCCGCCGCUUCUGGAACACACUGCAGAGCAUCAAUCAAACGGAUCAGAUGCUGGUGCACCUGCAGUCCUUCAACUCCGUUCCGGAGAACUACACCAUCCCCGAGAGCACCAAGAACGGAGUUCCGCUCUUCUACAUCCCGCCUGGGUCCACCACGCCGGUGCUGUCCCUGCAGCACGGCGGCUCCAAAGACUCGUCGCAGUCGCAGUUCGCCUCCUACUGGAAGCCCAUCCUCUCCAUGGACGCCAACUUCUGGCAGAGGUGGCUGCACAUGCACCGCAUCGCCAUCAUCCUCGAACACGAUACGCCCGUGCCCAAACACCUGCACACGGCGGGCAACAACGGUCGUUACAGCACCAUCCAGUGUCGCAUUUCGCACUCUGCGCUCACCUCGCUGCUGCGGGACUGGAGCAGCUUCGUGCUCGUGGAGGGAUACUCCUACGUCAAACUCAUAUACAGUGCUCCGGAGCAGCCCCCGUCCUCCUUCUAUCUGGUCCGGCUCAUCUCCAAGACCCCCUGCAUGGUUCUGCGACUGGGCUUCCCCAUCGGAACGGCGGCGCACAUUCGAAACAAGAUUGUGGACGAGCUCCGCGAGCAGAUCCUCAAACUGCGCUUCCCGCAGCGCAUUCAGAGCAAGGAGGCCACGCCCAAGACCAAGAGGAAGGCGGCGGCGCCGGUGCCGCCGGAGGCGGGACAGCCCUCGCCGUCCAAGUCCCUCGCCCUCUCCGCUCCCAAGCAGGCGCUGUCGGACCGGCCGUGCGUGGUCGUGCUCAACAAGCCGCUGGAGAAGCUGCUCAUCAGGUACGAGAAGUUGCCUCCAGACUUCAGGACUCCCUUCAUCUUCAGCUCGGAGAACUCACCCUCGCAGCCGUCCGGCGGGGCGGCGCCCCUCAGCGUGGCGGCCAACCGCGCCGUCACGUCCACGCUGGCCUCGCUGUCCCGCUACUUCCUGCACCGCCGCUGGGUGUGGGCGGUGCAGAGCGGCCAGGGUCCGGCCGUCGCCAUGCAGGCCGUCGCCCACAUCCUGUCCGUGCUGUCCGAGAUCCGCCUGUUGGAGGGUUUUCAUUUCGCCGCCAGCGGAGACGGCAUCGUCAACAUGGUCGUCGAGCUGCCAAUGAAGGGCAUGUCGGACGACGCUGAGCGAGAGAGUCACUCGUGCAUCGUCCAGUACAUCCUCUUCCCGCCUCACGCGACCUCCACCAAGGACAGCUUCUCCACGGACGACGACAACGACACGGAGGUGGAGGCGGUGGACGUGGACGUGGAGCUCAACUUGGUGACCGAGUGCUGGGUGGAGCCUCAGAGCGGCACCGUCGCCGACUGCUCGGAGCAACAUCGCCACCUGCGGGGCCUCCGCUACCAGGAAGUGCCUCAGGCCAUCUUCCCCAGAGAUUUGGCCUGCAUGUCCACCAUGAUGACGUUUGAGUACCUGAGUCAGCUGUGUCAGAACAAGGACCAGGUCUGCACUGUGCCUGCUGGUCUCAAGGACACCGCAGCAGAACCUUCUUCCUCUGAGGAGAACAUUCACAUGGUUCCUUUCCAGUUUGAUCUCAUCCAGCUUCUGCCCAAAUGCCAGCAGGUGGAGCUCUUCUUCCUGACGUUCAGCACAGACGUGGAGGUGGAGGAGCUCCUCCGCAGCGGCCCCAGCCUGCCCAACGAGCUGCUCCUGGGCCUCUUCCACAGCAGCCUGGAGCAGGAGCUCAGUGACCGCGAGAUCCCCGUGGUCGGCGGGGACCACGCCGCCUUCGUACGCCACGUCCUGGAGCGCGAGCGCGACGCCCACCGAGCGCCCUUUCCCCCUGCUCGUCAAGAGUUUACGAGGCAUCCCGAUAGACAGGAAGUGAUGUCAUCCUUUCACUUAAGCGGCAGCAGUAAAGAGAUGACGGAAUCCACUAGCACUUUACAGAGUUUGGCCAACGCCGACCUGGCGUACGAUGAGCCUUCGCUGGUGGGGCAGAGUUGCUCGGUGCCCCAGUGGAGGUGCUACGCCAAGCACGUCAGCUCCCAGCAGAUCCUGCUCACCUUCCUGCCGGCCACCUUCGCAGAUGUCCUGAUGCUGAUGACCUCGGGGCUGGAGGCGGAGCCUUUGAGCCACGCCAGCACGCAGGAGGACGACACGCUGACGCAGGCCGACUCGCCGUCCGGAUCCACCGGCGGACCGGACCGCUCCGAGUCCGGCCUCGGUCUGGCCUUCGGGAUGACUGGGAGCUCCAGCGGCAGAUCGCCCCUCGUCUCGCCGCCCCCGGACGCCCAUCCGGACGCCCUGGCGUCGGACGGCUGGGAGACCAGCAUGCCGGAAACCCAACCCGGAACGCCUGGCUCGGGGCGGUGGGUGUUUCGACACCCAUCAUUUUCCCAAUGUGCUUCAACACGGACACUUUUUGUCCCCCGCCGUUAUUGCAGAACGUAUCGUGCUAGACGGCGUCAAUAUGUCGAACAGGUGCAUUUGUGCCCGCGUGUUGCAGACUUGGGUGAAAACCGUCAUUUCUCUGAGCCUCAGCGCGUCGACGCGCACGGCGUCGGCGACCUGGGCCGCCAGCUGUCCCAGCAGAACGCCGGCAUGCAGCUCAAGUGUCCCGUCUACGUCUACAACUGCUGCCUGGAGCUGCUGAAGGAGCAGCUGGUCCACCCCGCCGCCAACCGACAGCCAAGAGACGUCUUCUUCAGGUCGCUGUCUCAGGACCGCAGCGGCCCGUCGCCGUGGACCGACCUCCUCGCUCAGCCUCACAAGCACAAGGAGCUGGCCCACUACUGCGGCCUGCUGCAGGAACACUACCAGCAGAGCUUCGCCAAAGGCGUCUACCGAAGCCUCCAGCAGUCGCUCAGCAUCACCUCCCAGGAUGUCCUGAUGGCUAUGGACUACUGCGAGGAGUCCUUGCAGGAGAUCGACAUCACGACCUUCCUGCAGACCCUGUGCGGACACAUCCGGGUGUUCCAGGAGAACGGCCAGGCUCCGGCGUGGACUCGGCACCCAAAAGCCGCCGGGAGGUCGGCCACCUUCGUCGUCGGCGAGGCUGAGGAGGAUCGAGCCGACGUCAAGUCUGCAGUGGCCUCCUUGUCCAGUUUUGAGAUGGAAGACGCCAGCGAUGCAGAAUCCCGAGGUCACGCCCCCGCGCCCCAGCUCGUCCAUGAGGAGUCCAGGAAGCUCUCGGCGUUCCCCCUGGAGUUGCUCCAGACGCAUCCUACAUGUGAUACGUGUCCAGAUGUGCACACAAUAAUCCAGGAAAGGUUCAUUGGGAUCGUGUUUCAGUAUUUCAAACCUGUGCCUUCCAAUCCACAUUACUUCUUCUACUGCCCGCCGUCUUCCAAGAAGGAGGAGGACUCAGAGGACGGUGAGAUGGCGGCGAGGCCCAGCGAGGAAACGGUGUCUGAGGCAGAGCAAGCCACUGAGGACGAAUUGAACUCCGACGGCUGCAUCACCACAGAGAGUGACAACGACCUGGUGGUGGAAUACGAGGAGCAGCCCAGCGGCGGCAGCGGCGGGAGCCUCAGCAGCGGCGGCGAGGACCGGUCGCACUCUGACUCCAACACCGUCAACCAGGACCAGGACUCCUUCAGCAUCCUGGACGAAGGAGACUCCCUGUUGGAGGCGGAGGGGCCGCAGAUGGACAUGCCGCCGCUCUUCCUGCACGUCACCUGCUCCGUCAACGCCAAGAGCUGCCACGGAUCCACACCCGUCCGCACCCUGCCCACCUGCCUCGGUGAGAUCAUUUCCUGCUUGGAAGACGCCGAGGCCUUGCAGUCGGUGGACCUGAACGAGCUCUCGGUCACGCUGGACAUCUUCGUCCUGACUCUUCCUCUGGAGAUCGAAGUCAUGGCCGACUUUCAUCACAACAGGUACACGUCUGAGAGCAGCGUGUCUCUGAACCGUUCUCCGGGACAGCCGUCGUCGUAUCGGUCGGACGAGGAGCUGUCGGCCGUGCUGGAGGGACUGAACGGAGCUGACGUGGACGUGGUGUGUAGUGAACCUUUGUCCAAGCUACCGCUUCCUCACAAGCUGGCCAUCCUGGCCACCAUGGACGAGAUCCGCUGGCUGCUGGAGGACGAGAUCGUGUCGGCCCUGCGCCGCUCGCGCUCCGUCGGCCUGCCUACGCUGCUCAAGGUGGCGCAGCACGUGGUUCGCUCGGCCGGACGGCCGCACUGUCGCAGCGAGGACGUCCCGCUGCAGUUUGUCUUCAGGCCCGAGCAGUCGCUGGAAAAGUUCAAGGAGGAGUUCCGUCGUAUGGCGCUUCCUGGCUACGUGCUCAACAGCGAGCAGGACAGCUUCUACUACGCGUCUCUGAGCCGGCUGCACCCUCAGAGAAUCCACGCCGUCAAGAAGCUGUCGGAGAGCAUCGCCGCCAACAGUGCGCCGCCUCAGGAAGAGUCCCUCUUGGAGAGCGAAGCUGAGGCCGAAGACAUGACCGUCAACGUAGCUGCCGACACCAACGAAGAGGCGACAGUGGAGUUCGGUGAGCCGGUGGGGCUCUCAAAGACCGAUGGCGGGAACGUUAGCCUCCAGCUCCUGAACGAGCCCACCUCACCCCCCAAGACAUCGUCCAGCGUCAGCUUGGCCGAGUCGGUGCAGUCCGCCUCUCACAGCUUUGGCAAGAUGAGGCCAAGUCGAGUGCAGAGUGUCGUCUCCAGCCAAGGAAGUUUGGAUUCUGACAUGCAGGGAUAUGACGGCGGUAGCAGCGACUCUGAGUGCGAUAGUCCCACCCUGGACAAUCAGGAGAGUCAGACCCCUCUGAUGCCCGACUUCUGGCUCAUGGCCAAGAUCCACCAGGACAGAGUCAAGGUCUACUCGCAUUCUAGAAGCGUGAGCGACGAAAAGGAAAUGAACGCCAAGGAGCAGGAGAACAGGGAGGAGAAGCAGGAGCUGCUGGAAUAUUUACAGCUGCACCAGAUGGUGGUGAGGAAGAUUGGAGAGCUGUGUCGCAGAGUCAACCAGCACAUGCUGCUGCAGGACCUUCACGACAGUCACGUGUGCAACUCUCUGCUGGUGGCGGAGAGCGAGGAGGACAUCUGGAAGAGCGAGUCCGUGUACAGGCAGAGGCGCAACACCUCGGACGAUUACCACGCCGAGGAGAGCUACCAGGCCAGAGAUUACCUGGCUGCCACCAUGCACUUCAUCCCAGGACACUUUGCCUGCGACGUGGUGUGGAGUACCGUCAUCCACAUACACCCAAGACUCAAGAUGGGACCCAACAUGGGCGUGUCCAGAGCCAUCCAGGCCUUACGCUCCGUGCUCAACUCCUUCUGCGUGGUCAACAGGAAGAACAUGUUUGUCUACCAGGAGCGCACCACUAAAUCCGUCUUCUACCUCAGACUUUACGAGACGUCUCUAACAGGCAAAUAUUCCGACGUGGACGGUGGCCUCCACACCUCUCGCUCCCUCAGCCUGGCCAGAAGUCAGGAGCCACUGUUUUCCGAAGACCUCAUGGGUUCCAGGUCAUCUCUGGAGGGUUCUCGUCCGGUGGGCUUGGUGGACAAGCACAUCUUGCUACUGGUGCACGGCGUGGGAAACGCGGGUCCUGAGAUCACGGACGAGCUGGUGAAGGUUCUGCGCAAACGUCUGGAUGAAACCACGCUGGAUAUCAUCACCGUCAUGCUCGUCAGGAACUGCAAGCUGACGCCCGCCGACGUGGAGUUCAUCCAGCCGUCCGGCUCUCCCUCCAGCGAGGUGAUGACGUUCGGCCUCCCCGCCUUCUGCCGCCCGUGGCUGUCGGCCGCGUGGCACUACCUCCGCCAGAACUUGCUCAUCUUCCUGCACGUGCCCAAGUACACGGAUAGCAACACGGCGCACCACUUCAAGCACUGCUUUCAUUCGAGCGCCGACAUGGCGGACGGCGACAUCUACCUCUACAACAAGCCUGGAGGUCAGGGGACGGGGGGCAAAGGAAUCGCUUGCAUCACGCUGACGUUCGUGGAUGGCGCGGGGCGACCCCUUCAGGCCCCCGCCCGGGAAUGCGGCAGACAAACCGACAACUGCUCCGCCCCUCUGCAGCCCCAACACUUUGACCUUUUGACUACCGUGCUGAGGGUAAAGGCCAACGCCGACUGGAGCCAAGAGGCGGCGCCGCUGCUGGUGCGCUUCGACGUGUGGGAGCAAGGCAACGUCAGCCCGGCGCAGCUGGUCGACAAGCUGCAGGGGGCGCUGCGCCACGCGCUGUGCGACGUGCUGAUGGAGCUGAGGGUGCUGCCCAACCCGCUGUGCCUGCCUUGCGCCGAUGCCAACGCGCACGGCCGCAAGGACCGCGGCAAAGAUUCAGGUGCGCUCGAGGCGAAGGAGGCGAAGAACACUCCCCGGCAGCGCAGCGGCUCUCGGGUGUUCAGAAGCAGCCCCUCGCCCAUCACCUUGCCGCACGCCGGCAGCGGCGCCAUCGGCGGCGGCGGCGGCGUGACAGGAUCCAGCACGCCCGAGUCCACCACGCCCACCGGAAGAAGCACGCGCCGCAGCUUCUGGGACAUUCUGAGCAAACCCGACUCGUCGGAGCUGGGCAGCCCGAAAACCACGGACGACAUCGUGCCCGAGCGAGGCGAGGAGGGCCGCGCGGCGCGGCGCAGGCACAAGACGGAGAGCGUCAGACAGCAGUGGUCGCAGGAGAGGCUCGGCGAGCUGGAGCAGGCGCACAGGAGGCGAGCGUGCCAGCUGGAGGAGGGCGACGCCGGCGUCCUGCAUCCCGUCUACCAGCUCACCUGCCAGUCCUGGAUCGCCUUCAUGGCCCGGCUCGGCUGCCCGUCUGUUCAGCAGUGCUCGGCCGACGUGGCCUCCCACUUCCUGCUGCCGUCCGUCCUGGCCGAGCUGGUCAACCUGGUCGGAUCGCUGGCCGCCGACACCGACGUCAAGGUCUUCGCCGAGACCAGCUGUCCCGCGUCAGGAGACGUCUUCGUCCCUUCCUCGGCUGUGCCGAACCUGUGGCGUCCUCCCCAGGGUUCCCGCAGCUUCAUCGUCGUCGGGAGGAACUUGCAGCAGUGGCGCUGCAGCACAGAGCAAGCGGAUGACAGUUCAGAGGAGGAAAACGCGGCGACGCUUAGUAGAUUCACACCUCACAAAGGCCUGCAGCGCUUCGAAGCCUCCGAGCAGCAGCAGCAGCAGCAGCAGCAGGGGGACUGCGCCAGCCUCUCGGGUCAGCAGCAGCAGCAGCAGGCGGGCUGGGCGUCGGCACCCGCUCCCCGACAGAGGUUCCUCCUCAUCCGCAUCCUGGACAAAAAGGUGACGCUGUACAGCUACAACUGGUCCCUGGACCUGGGCGCCUCGCUCAACCGCGAACUGGUCCGCCUGGUCAGGUGGCAGAACGCCCGCGCCCACGUGCUGCACUGCCUGCUCAGCCAGAAGAUGGGCCUGUUCCAUCACCACUGCUUCUCCGACGCUCCGCUCCACGACGUCCACUCCGAGCGGGACCCCAACCCCUUCCUGGGUCCGUCCACGGAGCCCGACACGCUUCUGCGCAGCGCCGUCCCGCCGCCGGCCGGCAAAGAGCAGGGUCGGCUGGCGUCUUCGGGCCGCAGCCUGGCGCCGCUUCACUUCCCCUCCGAGCUGCUGCCCUUCGACGAGGCUCUGAGGGACGUGUGCGCCAUCGGGACGCUGACGGACGGAGACGCCGUGGCCCGGCACGGCGGACAGCUCUUGGAGAUCAAAGCGGCCGAGAGGAGAGAGCUGGAGAAGCAGAUGAAGAUCGAGAACCUGUUUGUGACGUGGCAGCAGCGGUCGGCGCAGUCCAACAUGCCCAUCGCGCUGGCCGACCUGGAAACCCUGAAGCAGUCAUCCCGUCUGGUCCACUACUGCGCCACGCCGUUGCUCUUUGACCCCGUCUUCCGCAAGCAGAUCCAGGAGGAACAAGCCCCUCAGCCGCCGACCAAGAAGCGACAUCGGUCGAGCGACUCGACGGCGUCGGGCCGCGACCGCAGCUACAGCGGCGACUCUGGCGACGCGCUGCCCGGCCGGCUGAAGGAAGAACACUGGCUGCUGGACAUCUCCGGCAGUUUUCUGCAGCAGUACGUGCAGUACCUGCAAAGCAUGGGCUUCAUCCUGGUGCAGGUGCGCCCGCAGUCGCCCGCUCGCAGCAUCGCCCGCGCCCGAGCCGCCAUGUUGAGCUCCAUGUCGUCCGAGGGCAGGAUGUCGUUCUCUUACGUCAAGCAGAAGAGCGAAGACAGCCCCAAGAACACUGUGUCCGCCGCCACCGCUUACCACCUCCAGAGGGCGCUGCCGGGCGGGAUCGUCCUGAUGGAGCUGGCAUUUCAGGGCUGCUACUUCUGCGUCAAGCAAUACGCGCUGGAGUGUUCUCGCAUCCCCAUGGGCCAGUCGGUCAACUCGCAGGGCGGCCUCCUCAGCAAACUUCGUUGCAAGCCGUUCCCGGACGCCGCCCCGGUGUCUGACUGCGCGCUCUCCAUGCUGUUCACGGAGGAGUGCGACAAGGUGCGCGACCUGAUGCACGUGCACUCGUUCAGCUACGACUUCCACCUGCGUGUGGUCCAUCAAUACCUGGUGGGCUGCCACAUGACGCUGCGCCAGGGCUACCAGCUCACCGACUUCCUCCGAGACUUCAUCGCGCAGCACCCCGACAUCCCCAAGUUUGGGCGCAACCACGUCUUCCAAGGGAGCUUCUCCAUCUCCACGGGGAUGAUCACCGCCCACCAGCUGUACAACUACAUCACCGACCACGCCAGCACGUACGGCAUGAAGCCCCUGCGCAUGUCCAAGGCCACCUUCGCCACCGACGCCAAAAAGGCCACGCCGGACCUGCAUGAGUACGCGCUGGUCGCCUUGUGGAACAGCUCGGGUUCUUACAAGGACCUGGAGGGCCUUCACCACCACGACGACUUCGACGUGUCCCUGGUGGUGUGUCACAAUGCCGCUCCCUUCGAGGAGCAGUCCGAGGGGGAGAGACACUUGCUGAGGUUGCACUUCUACGUGAUCAUGACGAGCCAGCGAGAGCUCUUCCCCCGACUCACAGCCGACAUGCGGCGCUUUAAGAAGCUUCCUCAGACCCACCGCGAGCUGGGCGGCCGCGCGGCCCCGGAUCGGGUGGAGGCCUGCACGUCCCCCGGCGGCGAGCAAGACCUCUGGGAGGAUCCCACCGGGUCCAGGUCGGAGGCCUGCGCACCUAGCGACGGCAACGAGUUCUACCCUCUGGUGGGCGCCGCCGCCGACUCCCUGGGGCUGCUUUACCCGACCCCGCUGUUCCCGCUGCUCAACAACGAGGUGGCAGCCGCCCGCCGGCAGGUCCGGGCCAGCGUGGACGAGGCCAUGGGACACUGCCGCCGCGACAACCUGUGGAGGAGGCUUUUCCACGGCGAGCACCUGGCGCUGGACAAGCUGAAGCUGACCAAGCUGUCCUUCUGCGAGCUGGAGGAGCUGCUGGAGGCCGUCCAGAGCCGCUCGGUGGGCGACAUUGACCCCCAGCUGGAUUGCUUCCUGAACAUGAGUACGGCCUGGUACCAGAGUCUCAUCAAAGUCCUGCUGGGCCGAUUCCCUCAAAGCUGUCGGCAUUUUGAUGACGGCGGCAUCCAAUAUCUGGCUGUUCUGAACCAGAAGUUCACCGACUGCUUCGUUUUGGUCUUCCUCGACUCCCAAGCCGGCAAAACGAGUCUAAAGGUGGUUCUGCGGGAGCCGCUGCCGCCGCGGCCGCAGGACGGCGGCAGCCUGCCGCCCCAACUGGUCUCCAUGUACCACCACCUGGAGUCGGUCAUCAACACGGCCUGCUACAACCUCUGGACCGGACUCUUGUAACCAACGCUCCUUCUCGCUUAAGUUUGUGUCUUUCAUUGCCCAUCUGAGGAAAAGCCAGUUUGCGUCGACUGUCGUUGGCCCAAAAGCUAGAUCGUUGCUUGAUAGCAUUUAUUUAUUCAUUCAGACAUUUCUGGAUCAUGUUUUUAGUCAUAUGAAAGUCUCCAGUUUGGACUCCUUUUGGGUCCAGACGGACGUCCUGCCCAGUUAGCACAGAAUCGCUCACACUGAGCGUCCGUAGACUACAAACGCUUGAUCCCGAGAUGCGUGGCAGUCGCCUUGCUUCCUUAAAAAUGCUCCCGGACACGACAUUCCCACACUGAGUUGGACUCUGGAAUGAAACGAAACUCUUGAGGCUUUCCAUCCAGCUGUCUUCAAAGGCAGACUGCACCCUGGAUUGGGCAGCAGGACCACCGUAGCGACACCUACAGUCCCUGCAAAGGGCAUAUUGGACUUUCUGUGCGCCGUUCCUGUUCAGAGCGAAGACAGAAUCUGUGACCGGGAGCCGACGCUGGAUCUGUCGCAGUCAUGCGCAGGACGUCGCUGCGCGGGGGCAUGUUGGGCUUGAUCGGUGCCUCGCGUCGGACUUUGCUACCACGUCGGGGUUUGCGCCGAGAUUUCAGUCCGAGCUUUUGUUUUGCUUUUCGCUGCCCAAAAGUGCCUAUCCGUUUUUUUUUAUUGACUUUGCGAGUCACAAAAACUUGAUGAGAAGGACAUUUCUCAAGGGGUUUUUCCCCUUUGCUGGGGGUUAGCGUCACUGUUAGCCAAACACACACAAACAGUGAGCUUAAGGAUGUCUAACACUGCACUCUCUUCAACUGUGUCAGUCGUAUACUGUUAAUGUGCUGCAUAUUGUAUAUAAUAUAGUAUACGGUAUAUAGAGGACACUUGAUGCGCUCUGACAAAUGCAAAAUAAAUCAGGCAACAAACAAUUAUUUGAUCAGUUCUCCUUUUUUGGUGUGACUGACGUUAUCAACUUUCAUUUAGCCACGGGACGGUAAACGGUUUCAAAAUGACAGCAAUUUUUCGGAAAUGUCACGGACGGUUCCUUUCUGUGCGUACGUCCAUUUUUGUCACGGAAGCUUACAAAGUAAAUGUUGCAGUCCCAUCAAAUAGCAUGUCGGGGCCGUGUUGCCAUUCCGAAAGUACAAAACCCAUUUUUUUUUUACAGAAUUUGUUUGCCGGGCAGAAACCGUCAAAUUUUGGAGAAUUUUUAGU